AGACUUGAACCCACAACCAGCCGACUCCGCGACGAUGGAUUGAGAGCAAUUGCAACUAAUUGCACUUGUUAGGAAUUGUAGAGGAUCUGAGUCCACGGUGUGCUGCCUACCCAGUCCCCCACUGUCUCUGGGUGUUUGUUUUUGUAAGACCCACUUUCUCCGAGUCAUGAGAUGAUAAUAUGAUAUCGCUGCCGUCUCCAGAUUAACUCCUCAUACUUGGCUUACUGAGAAGAAAGAGAGAAGAUAAAUUAGCUUCUGCAUUAUCCAAAUCUGGAAUCUGUAUGGACCUUACAAUUCGUUAUCUUUUGUCCAUUCCAUUCGCAAGGAGAGCCAUCAAUGAGAAGAAGGCUGCGGUAGUUACGCCCUGUUCGACGACGAAACGCGUCAAUCCGGGAACGUUUUCGUGUACGGCUACAGCAAGCAUCACAACUGACAAGACUCCGUUUGAGCGCGAGACCCAAAAACACAAUCUGUUAAGAGCUAUCCAAGAUACGCAACGUGGCCUAGUUGCAACCUCCGAUCAACGCUCCUCCAUCGAGGAGGCUCUGGUUCGAUUCCCGACUCUCUCUAUCUCCUCGCUCGCUUGUUCUCUCGGUCUGUGUGCGGGUGACGAUGCUGAUUGUUGUGUCUGUGUAUCUCUAUGUGUGUGCGUGGAGGGAUACGAGGCAGGUUCGCCCAUCGAUCUGGUGAAAUUAGACGGAACAUGGCGGUUGCAGUAUACUUCUGCUCCCGAUGUCCUCGUUCUACUUGUCUCCGCUGCAAGGCUUCCUUUCUUUCAGGUUGGGCAAAUCUACCAAAAAUUUGAAUGCCGGGAUAACUCUGAUUGUGGAAUUGUUCGAAAUGUUGUCCGGUGGAGCAUUCCAAGCUUGCUAGAGGAGCAGGAAGGUGCAACCCUGCUUGUUUCUGCAAAAUUUUCGGUUGUUUCUAAGCGCAACAUUAACCUGCAGUUUGAAGAGGUAGCUAUUCAAAAUAUUAACAUCAGUGAGGAGCUACAAGCUGUGAUAGCUCCAGCAAUACUACCACGAACUUUUCUAAGUCUGCAGAUUUUGCAGUUCAUCCGGGGAUUUAGAGCUCAAUUUCCUUUGAGAAGCUCAGAGAGGAAAUUAGUUGGAGGAUUGUAUUACCUUACAUAUUUGGAUGGUAAUAUGCUUCUCGGCCGUGCUGUUGGAGGUGGAGGUGUAUUUGUGUUCACCAAAGCUCAACCUUUAACAUGAUCAAGCUAGCUUUCUUUACAUUAUUUUUAGCCACGAUUUGUUGCCGCCUUGCUGAGGAGGAUGAUGUAUGGUGGGGGAACUAUUGCUCGUCGCUUCAGAGUUAAAAAGUCACUGUUCUUUUGAGUACUGGGUGCAGCUUUUCUUCCAGGUGGCAGCCUCUUGGCAUGUAAUUUUCUUUUUUGACAACAAAACUGUACUUGGCAUGUAAUAACUUUGUAUACAUGCAUAUGCCAUCAUCUAUUCACAGGCUGAGGCAACACACCAA